GGCUAAAUUACUUCUCUUCCUUUGUAUCUAAAGCCAAAAUGUGUGUGUUUUGUGUGUGUUGGGAUCCAUUUUCUUGUUACUAGAGAUGCUGUUUUUACAUGUUGUGUAUUGAUGUGUGAUUGCAGGUGGAUUUCCCUUGUUCUUAGCGCCUUAUUAGUUAUUACUUCCACUAGUGACAAGUCUGCUCAGUUUUAUCACCUCCUUGUCCAGGAUUAUGAUCUACUAUCUGAUCACGAAGACGCUAUCGAGACUCGCGAGAGUAUGUUUGGAUAUAAAGGAUCAGGGAGGAGAUGUAACUGUUGUUACUACAAGUCAUAAAGAAUUCGACAAUUCGGUGACUGAGUAUGGUGGUGAAGAUAUAAUUAACUGUUCUACUUCAGCCUUCUCUUUAGCGAGAAAUGUUUUACAGCCUUGGCUCUAUCCCUGGCUGGGAAUAACAGAGAAAAUAGCAUCCUUCACAGUAGACAGUGCGUUUCUCCCUGAUGAUCUUGCAAGUCCAUAUGCACUAAGGAUGUUUCCAGUUCUAACAGUAUUCUACCACUUGAUUGGUCUGGAGUGUUUUGGAAUACUAAGCAUCGUAGGCUUCACAACCCUUGGAAAGCGAGUCCCUGAGGCCCGGAUUUUCGCUCGUUUUCUGGCCAUUCCGGUGGUCCUUUUGGGAAUGGUUUUGUCUAAGGCGGCACAAUGCUAUUUCAAGACUUGCUCGAUGUUCUCCCCUGCGUCUAUGUACUUGCUUCUAUGGUGCCUUCGAGAGCGGAAGCAGUAUUUGCUGAAUGCAAAUGCAUCCAAUGCGGUUCCAACGGGGUCUCUGUACUUAAUAGUUUUUUUCCUUAAAAAGAUAGCCUGAUGAGAUCUUUAUGGAUAUCACGCAAUGCGUAUAAACAUGUUUUUAUCUUAACAACAUGGUAGAUUUCCACUAACAUAAUGAUCACUAUAAAUGCAAAUACAAACCAAAUUAGUGCU